AUGAUACUAGAAAUUGCAGUCAUCACCAGAAGCCCGGCCCGAAUCAAAGCGGACGCGAAACAUCCGCCGAGCUGGAAGAGCCGCCGCCGCCGGGGAAACAGGAAUCUCCCAGAUACCCGGUGUGGGGGCGCUCCCGAGCCCUUGGGGUCCCCCGGUGGCUUCCUGGAGCCUGGAGCUCAGGCGGAGACGCAGGGACGGCGGGGGGCCGGAGGCAGCCGCGGCCAGAGAAACGAGGGGACCAGAAGGACCUCCGGAGGUGUCCGGGUGGGAGGGCCGCGGGGCUGGGGUCGCCCCGGUCCCCGCCGCACCCUGGGGACCCCGGCCCUUUUGGUUUGGGCCUCAAAGGCACUUUGUCUGAAUGAAGGUGGAGCUGUCCACCGAGGUUUGCAGUCACUCCUCAGGGAAGUGAGCACGCCCGGCCCACAGAGCCUGCUCACAACUGCCAACAGACUCUUUGGGGAAAAGACGUGUGAUUUCCUGCCAAAGCUAAAAUGUUUGAGGACAGGAGAUGGGCAGAGGAUGGGAGCCAAUUGCCAGGCACAUGAUAUCAGAAAACAAGUUUUUAUGAGGCUUUUAAGGAAUCCUGCCAGAAGUUCUAUGAGGCUGACCUGGAGGAGCUGUCCUUUGCUGAAGACACCGAAGAAUGCAGGAAACACAUAAACGACUGGGUGAUGGAGAAGACGUAAGGUGAGAGGUUGUCUUUUUGGGGUAGGUGCUGUUAUGAGGGAGAUGGCCGAGACUGCCUGGAUGUGACCCCACAGUGUGACCACUCUGACCCUGCUUCCAGUGGCCUGUGUGUAUGUGUUUGCUGGGUUUUCAGGCCAGUAAUGCCAUUCUGACAUGAACUCUAGUCUGCCAGGCUUCUCUGUCCAUGGGAUUCUCCAGGCAAGAAUACUGGGUUGCCAUUCCCUUCUCCAGGGGAUCUUCCCAACCCAGGGAUCAAACCUGGAUCUCCUACAUUGUAGGCAGACUCUUUACUGUCUCAGCCAUCAGGGAAGCCCCAAUGCCAAUCUGAUAUUUUUCUUGGGCUUAUGAAAUGGUGAUUUCUGAAAAAUGCUUAAACCCAGUGUUAGUCUCUGCUUCAAGAUUGUUGUUUGAGGACAAGCACUACACUGCAUGUGUGCCCAGCAUGAAACAUCAUCCCCCUGAGUCCUCAGGUGACCAGAAAGGCAGGAUUCCAGCCUUUUCUAAAUGUUGAGAGAACUUUUGUAAAGGAAAAGUUUAUUCUCCCCCAAUAGCAGUAACUUUCUCUCAUACUCUGUACACGUAAGAUAUCAGAGAUAAUGGGGGCUGGGACAGUCUGUCCUCUUAUUAAGCUCAUCCUGGUGAAUGCCAUCUAUUUCAAAGGCAAGUGAAAUGAGCAGUUUGACAGAAAGCACACAAGGGGAAUGCCCUUUAAGACUAACCAGGUAGGAAAACAUUUUGCAGACAUAUUGUUACUUUCUAAAGUAACACUCUGGGAAAGAUGCUGGGAAAGAUUGUGAAGGAAUGGAAAAAAUAAUUUAUUUCACACUGUCUUGAUUCUUAAUUUAUUUCUGAAUGAAUUUCAUGUCCCCUGUAUAUCUCUUAUUGGAAUGGUAAAGAGAAAUACUAAAAUAAUUGUUAUAUUGAUCUUUUUGUCUUUGGUCAAAUCAAUCUUCUGUCUCCGGUCAUGUUAUUUGGAUUGAAAGAAAAUUUCUUCUAAGCCUUGGAGUUGUGUUUGUAUUAUCCUAUCACUGACUAUAUUUAGACUUUUCCUUGCAAUUGUCAAUGACAACUAUGAGUAUUUAUUGCCUUAGAAUUCAUGGCUGUAUAAUUCAGAAUAUAAGAAAAAAGUGUUAGCAAAUGUUCAGGACAGCUUUCUUUUUAUUUAUUUUUGGAUCUUUUUUUAAAAAAUAGAAAAUUGUACAUAUGAGGAUUUGAGAUAUAUAGUAAAAUGAUUACUGCAGUGAAGCUCA